AUGAAAAGCUGGACCACUGGACUUGAUGAACUAGUACAAUGUGGAUAUUGGCCUGCUACCAUCAACCACCAGACCAUCUUCCAUGUAGACCUGUUCCAGUCUUUCCAGGAUCUGAAGCAGCUGGCUCCUGGGCUUUCUCGUCAAGCAUUUAUUGGAAUGCUUGAUGAAAGAACAAAGUAUUUUGGCAGAACCGGAAAAAUAUGUGGUGACACAUUCCAGCGGUCAUUUCUGGAGUGGUGCUACGCGCAGCAUGAGGUGGACAAACUGUUGGAAGUUGAGCCCUUCCGGUGUACAGCAGGUUCACCACAAAUGCAUGCUGUAUCAGUGGAUGGAAAUAGAAAAUUAUACCGAUUUAAGAAUGCAUCAGGAAGUGCCACAAAGGGACUUUUUGAUGGCACCUUCCUGGCCAGAGAUGAGGAGGUGUCAAGUUUUGUUGCUCAAAUCCAGCAGGCAACCAAACAUACUCCUGGGAAAGGAAUGUGCGGAUCAUCACAAUGGACAGCUGCAAAAGAGCAUUCUGGGAAAUCUGCCUCAAAAAUUGAUGAGGAGGGGCUGGAAAUCGCUGUGUGCCGGCAUGGGGUGCUUUUGAGAGCACUGAAUAUGUUCAGAGGGGAGAUUUAUGCUUACCCUCUGUAUCUGCAGAAGGAACUGUCCCCCUCAAAUGUUUCCUUUUUCUGUUCAGAUGUGGCAUGCAAGUAUUAUCCGUAUUUGGAAAAGGUCUCCAAUAAGUGCUCUGAACUGCAGGGACUAUUGGAGAUGCAUCCACUUCUUUCAGUGAUGCAUGCCAAAGCACACUCCUGGACAUGUGAGUUGAAAUGGGGUGGACGCAAUCAAGAAGGCGCUGGCAAUACCAUUGGUGAGGAAGUGGAGCAGGUAAAUAGCUUCCUGUCCAGGGCUGCUAUCUCCACAAAAUACAUGUCUAAAGGUGGAAGAACAGACAUGCUCACAGUUCUGGCAAUGGGGUGGAACAAAAAGAAAAUGAGUAACAUGGACAAAAUAUUGGCCCAAAGAUAUGCUAAGGCCGUCCAGAGAGUGGCAGAUGAUAAGCUUAAGCUGGAGGAGCUCAAAGCUGAGUUAAGAAUUGAUGAUGCUGUUAUCCAACACUGGCCUGAAGCAAAUUCUAGUUUGGAGGGUGAAGCCUCAAGGGAGGUCAUUCUGAAGAAGAAAAUUGAAGGAUUGUACCUUAGUGUCAUGCAGAGGAAACAUCACCUUUACCGUCAGACAGACAGCAACAAGAGACGACAUAAGUUGCGCCAGAAAAUUGCAGAGGAAAAGGCAGCUUUAUCUUCUGCUAUUGAAGAGCUACGUGAACAGACGGACAUCAUUCUGCCUGCUGUUGAUGAGCUUCUCUUGACUGAAAAUUUUGUGUGGUCCUGGACUUAUCUUGGACCCACUGAUCUCAGAACAAAGAAGGCCAUCUUUGACCAGGUGAUGGUGAUCAGGAGAAUGCAAGAGGAGGAGCAAAUUGUAGUUCAGGAGAUGAGGAGGCACUUGAACUCCCUCAUAGGUGUUGCUGGGAGUCUAAAAACCUUACUGCUGGACCAAAGCAAUGGCGCACACUGUGGAUAUCACAGCAUGUUGAGGAGGAGAUUGAGUGUUGUGAAUGCCCAAGUACAUCACACAAAAGCAUCAUUCAGCUUGGCUCUUCAUGGAGAAAUGACAUCCCAAGAUAUGCUGUCUGAGGACAGGGAGGAACAAGUGUCAGAUGUGGAGGACACAUCUGAUGAUGACAAUGACAUUGAUUCUUCAUAAGUACAUUGAGAUUAUUAAAUACCCAUGUCUAGUUCUUUGGGCUUCAAAACAGCUUAUGGUGCAUGAUGUGGUGCAUUAUCACCACAUCAUUUACAGGUAGUUCUCGACUUACGUCCAUUCGACUUUACGACCGUUUUAUGAAAGGUGAGCUACGAAUUUAAGAAUUAAGAAUUUAACUUAUAAUUCGUGCUUAGUUCUUUUUCUCAAAUGAAAAGCGAAUCAACAGCCGAAUUCCAACCGAGACUUGCCUAAAUAGUAGCGGCCGUUGGCGUAGUGCACUACUUAGGCUUGCUUUCUAGUGUUGUAGUACGCGGUUUGAGAUUCAGCUAAAGAGCGCACAAUGGAAGAGAAGAGUAUUUUGAUUGACACUGGAAAAAAACAAUCACGAUCGGCACUCGGAAUAACAAGGGGUUGACCGUCAUCCC